AUGCCUGGAUGUGUAGUUAUUGAAAAGAAGGCCUAUGUGGAAAACAGCCCAACAGCAAAGGGUUUGCAGAGCCUCCUGCUUCCAGACAACAAAGACUAUGAUGCAUAUCUAUCCUAUACCAAAGUGGAUCCUGAUCAGUGGAAUCAAGAAACUGGAGAAGAAGAAAGAUUUGCUCUUGAGAUCUUACCAGAUAUGCUUGAAAAGCAUUAUGGAUACAAGUUGUUCAUACCAGACAGAGAUUUGAUUCCCACAGGAACCUACAUUGAAGAUGUGGCAAGAUGUGUAGACCAAAGCAAGCGACUGAUCAUCGUCAUGACUCCAAAUUAUGUGGUAAGAAGAGGCUGGAGCAUCUUUGAACUGGAAACAAGGCUUCGGAACAUGUUAGUCACAGGAGAAAUCAAAGUGAUACUGAUUGAAUGCAGUGAACUGCGAGGAGUUAUGAACUAUCAAGAGGUUGAGGCCCUGAAACAUACCAUCAAGCUCCUCACUGUCAUUAAAUGGCACGGACCAAAAUGCAACAAGUUGAAUUCCAAAUUCUGGAAACGUUUACAGUACGAAAUGCCUUUUAAGAGGACUGAACCCAUCACACACGAGCAGGUUUUAGAUGUCAGUGAGCAGGGGCCCUUUGGGGAACUGCAGACAGUCUCCGCAAUUUCAAUGGCUGCUGCCACCUCUACUGCUCUUGCCACUGCCCAUCCAGAUCUACGCUCCACCUUUCAUAACACAUAUCAUUCACAGAUGCGCCAGAAACACUAUUAUCGAAGCUAUGAAUAUGAUGUACCUCCUACCGGCACCCUGCCGCUUACCUCAAUAGGUAACCAGCAUACCUACUGCAACAUCCCUAUGACACUUAUAAAUGGGCAGCGGCCACAGACAAAAACUAACAGGGAGCAGAAUCCAGAAGAGGCUCACACAAACAGUGCGAUACUGCCCCUCUUGCCACGAGAGACCAGUAUAUCAAGCGUCAUUUGGUGACAGAAAUGCAAGGGGCUGUCCAUCCCCUUGAGUAGAAGCUGAGUCUGCAGUCCGGUGCCUGGAACUACAUCCUCGACUGCUGCUGUUAAACAUGCAUUACAAUCGAUAAUAUAUGAGGAAAAACAGGGUCUUGUACAUACGUUUUUUGCAAUUUCUUUGUAGCAUCGGUCUUCCUGUUUUACCCAUGUUCUCUUCCCAUUCACAUUUUCGACUUUGUUUUAUAUGUCAUUGGAAUUUGUAUAUUUACAUUUUUUUAAAUGAAGAGACUGCUGUAUAGAUAGGAAACUUUUUUGCUUCUUUAGUAUAGUUUUAGACUUUUUUUUGUUUGUUUUUAACCUCUCUUGGGAAUGCUUGGACAAAGCUAUGUUGAUAUCAGAAGCGCCAUCCAUUUUGUUGGCCUGCCUAGCCUGAUUCCUGAAGGCCAUGCCUGCUGCAGUUCACCUGUUUUGGGUAAUAUUUGUUCUUAGAAUGACCCCAUCCCUCACUGAGAGCUUCUGUUUCAUUUCUUCUCCUGUAAUGUGCAUUGCUCCUUCCCUGCCAUUACAAUGGCCCCAUUUGGGGUAACACUACAGUCUGAUCAUCUAACAUUUAACUUGGUAGAAACUUGUCAAACAACAGAAUAUACCCAAUCUGUAUCAGUUGCUUCACAGUAGUCACUACAGAGUGUGUAGAAAAUAGAGAUGGUUUGGUUUUUGCUUUCUCGGGGGUUUGAUUUUUUUGUUUUUGUUUUAAGAAUGAGACAAUUGUACCCCUUUUAUAAAUAUAAAAGCAAACCCUAUUUUUAACACUUCCUGGAAAAGUAUUAAUGUAGUCGUGGAUUUUAUUUUUAAGCAUUUGACUUUUUCCCCUUUCAAAACCCUGCAAAUAAGAUCAUUUCCAAUUUUUAGGCAAGUAAGACAAGUGAGGUAAUAGGCACUGAAGUGCAGUGAGUCCUGCUGAUAUUUACAGUGACGAUUUCCAAACCAAAGGGGAAUAAAAAGGCAGUAUCAUAGAUGGUUGUCACUUUGUAUUAAAGAAAGUGUUAUUUUCUGAAAAAGGAAGAGCAAAACAUUAUUUUGCUGUGGAUUGCAGAGUCCCCUUGUAUUUUAAUGUUCAAAAUUGUAUUUGCUUUAAAAUGAUAUAUUCAAGAUGAAGAAAUAUUAUUUCAUUUGGUUUUAGCUUGUAACGAUAAGUAAAGCUUAAUUUUAACAUGAUUUCAGUAAGAACUCAGGCAAAAAAAAAAGAAAGAAACAUGA